AUGGCGAAGCCUACGUCUGGCUGCGAUCCGGAAAAGUGCAUUGCACCUGCUACGCUCACCGGUUACGUCGUCAAAGCGGUGGAUGUACAGCGUCCCUUCUUCACUGCCGAUGCUGUUUGCGACAAUGAGAACGGUUACUACGGCACGGCCACUGCGGAGGUAUGCCCUUCCAAUGGACAAGAAUACACUCUGUGGGGCUGCGACACUACUACGACAACCAGUACUACAACAACCACCUCCACAACAACGACGACCACAACCACAACAACCACAACUACGACGACUACUUCAACGACGACAACGACAACGACUACGACCACAACCACCAGCACAACAACAACUACAACUUCCACGACCACCAGUACGACCACUUCCACCACUACGACCACGACGACGACAAGCACGACCACCACAACAACGACAUCCACAACCACAACGACGACCACCACAUCUACAACGACAACCACAACGACCACCUCCACAACCACGACCACGACGACUACCACUAGCACGACUACAACCACCACCACCACUUCCACCACCACAACUACCACGACCACUUCUACCACGACAUCAACCACGACCACUACGUCCACCACUACAACCACUACGACCACCAGCACAACUACUACCACAACCACAACCACCUCCACAACGACCACCACCACCACAACCAGUACCACCACGACCACCACUACCUCAACGACGACUACAACCUCGACAACAACAACGACGAGCACCACAACUACCACUACUACAACAUCCACUAGCACUACGACAACCACUUCGACGACGACGACAACGACCACAACCUCCACAACGACGACCACUACCACGACAUCCACUACUACGACCACAAGCACAACAACCAGCACUACCACCACGACUACCACAACAACUACGACGAUCACCAGCACCACUACAACGACCACUACGACGAGCACGACCACAACCACUACCUCGACUAGCACGACCACUACCACCAGCACAACAACAAGCACAACCACCACCACAACCAGCACAACAACUACCACCUCCACCACGACCACUACAACCACAACGACUACCACCACGACCACAUCAACAUCAACAACAACCACGACCACCACAAGCACAACAACUACAACAACAACCACAAGCACGACAACUACCACAACCAGUACUACGACAACAACCACCACGACAUCCACCUCGACAACCACUACAACAACCAGCACAACGACGACAACUACUUCGACCACAACCACCACGACGACUUCAACAACAACUACGACCACGACCAUUCACGGUACAUGUUUGUCACCUCCAAAUGCUGUGGGAUAUAUCAUCGACGAGAAGAGCCUCUGGUGGUCCUCAUUCGACGUUGUGGUCAAAUGCGACACACCGACAUACAUCGGGCACGCGAAGGUCGAGGUGUGCACGGACAAGGAGAAGCCUUACUUGAUCCAUGGUUGUGCGAAGUAUAUCAAUUGCAAGACUCCGGCCACCACGCGAGGCUACGUGAUCACCGAGACUGGCACCGAUACUGAGCUUGAACUGGGUGAACUGCACAACUGGGAUGUCAAGGCACAGUGUGCAGCACUGUACCACGGCGCUGCGAAGGUAACCGAGUGUGACGACAACGGCUUGCCCUACGGCAUUUCAGGCUGCGAGCCUGACACAUGCAUCGAUCCUACCGAAACCGCGGGAUACGAUCUGACGGUGCAAGAGCUGGAGCUUUGGAAGUUCAGUGCAACCGUUUCAUGUGCAUCCGGCUACGUUGGCGAUGCCAAAGUGGAGAAGUGCGAUGGUCAUGGGUUGCCAUACAAGAUUGAUGGCUGUCUGCCGACUACCACCACCACAAGCACCACGACCACCACGACUACCACCACCAUUGACGAGCCAUGCUUUGCUCCGAAGAAUGCUGUUGGGUACAAGGUCACUGAGAACAGCGUGCAUUGGACAUCUUUCGAUGUCACGGCAACGUGUGCGGAUCGCUUCUAUGGGCACGCCCACGUCAAGAUCUGCACCAAGCCUGAUAUGAUCUACUACCUGUCAGGCUGCACCCGUGUGGUUACCUGCAAGACGCCGUCAGACACCCUGGGUUACCAUGUCAAGGAGUCCAACCUU